GUGGUUCUCGGUCUGGCCAAUAAAACGGGAGUUCCCGACCAUUUAUCUAAACUACUGUAUAUUUUAGCUCUUCCGUAGUGUGAACAAUGGAUGUGGUGAACUAUGAGCAGGUGGACGAAUCGCCGGAAAUCGAUUCGCUGGAUCUGGAUCUAAUCUGCCGCUGCUGUAUGGGGUCCAAACGGCGGAUGAAACCGCUUUUUUCGAUGGAACACGACGAUAUGCUGCACGCCAUUACCGGUAUCCGAGCACGGCCAGAUGAUGGCCUACCGGGUCUCCUCUGUGUCCCGUGCCUCCUACAGCUACGUCGCUCUCACCUCUUCAAACUGCAAAGCGAGAAAACGGACCGCCUGCUGCGUGGCUACGUGAGCCACGUAUCGUUACUGAAGAGCUUCGAACAAGAGCCACUCCCAAACACCGAGGAUUCGGGGCAAAAACUGGAAGACUCAGUAGACUCUGCCGCCGUCGACACGGAUUCCAACAAUGAACCGACAUCGGAAGUUGUAAGCAUUGAAGUUGCGGAACCGGUCACCUGUCCCAAAUGCAACAAACAGUUUCUAAACCAGCGAAAGAUGAAGCGCCACAUGCGGAUACACAGCAGCGAGCAGUACCAUCAGUGCACCGAGUGUGAUAAGGCGUUUGCAGAUAAAUCGAACCUCACGAAGCACAUGUGGAAGCAUACGGGCGAGCUUCGGAAUCAGAAAAACAAGCCACACCUCUGCGCGGAGUGUGGUAAAUCGUUCAAGUACAGUACCUCACUGUCGCGCCAUAAGCGGAUGCACAGCAAACGCAACGUAUUCACGUGUGAAGUCUGCAACAAGUUCUACGCCGAGCACCAGACGCUGGUGAAUCACAUGCGGACUCACACGAACGAACGGCCUUACUCCUGCAGCAUUUGCGAUAAGCAAUUUGCCCAGAAACCAAAUCUCGAUCGUCAUGAACUGACGCACACGGGCGUCAAACUGUAUGCUUGCGAUUUGUGUGAGAAGCGGUUCUCACAGAAGAGCUACUUGAUUGUGCACAAGCGGAUUCACGAGAAUGAAAAACCGUUCCAAUGUUCAUCCUGCUCGAUGGCAUUCGUCUCGCAGAACUCGCUCCAGAAACACCAGCGUACACCUUGUUCGGAUCGCCCGUUCGCUUGCGCACGCUGCGGCUUAUCGUUUCGCUACAAGUCCUCCUUACGCAUGCAUAGGCGCAACCAUCAUGAUGGGGAAUACAAUUGCCGUAUCUGUGCGAUGUCUUUUCGCACCGCGGAUAGCCUGUCCAGUCAUAUGUCGACCAGGCAUCCCACCGUGGACUGGGAACAUGAUUACGAUGUAACAUCUUUUAGCAAGAAGAAGCCAACGAAGCUAACCGAUGACAAACGAAGCAAGACAAACGAACUGCAAAAGGAGGAAGGACACCGGGAGCAGGACACCAGGAGUUUCGUAGAAACGUUUGAGGAAGGGGAGGAGAAUGAGGAAUCCCAAAGCUACGAUGACUCUGCAUACAUCGAACAGCUAGUACCCACAGACCAAGUUGAACAGGAACCGCUGUUAUCGAUUCAGAUAAUCAAAACUGAAGAGCCCGAGUUUAUGACGGAAUGAGGUACCGAAUGAAAGAUGUUGGUUGAGUAAUGAAUUGAAAUUUGAAGUUGUGGUAUGUUAAUGAAAUAAAUCGUGCCGAAAAACAAGCAUGAAAAA